AUGACUCUUGCAGAGAUAAGAAUGUAUAUAAGGGAGCAGAGGAACACAAAACAAGCUACGAUGGGUGAUCAGAAUCAGCUUCUUAAGGAUUUCGCUGCCCCAAAUGCUCAAGGCACGCAUUGGAGUAUUACAAGGCGUAAUGUUAAAGUUAAUAAUUUUGAACUAAAACCAUCACUGCUCUCAAUGGUUCAACAAAAUCAGUUUGGAGGAGGUGUAACUAAAGACCCGAACCUCCACCUGUCGAUUUUCUUGGAGUAUUGUGACACUUUGAAGCUUAAUGGAGUGACUAAUGAUGCUAUUCGACUUAGACAUUUUCCGUUCUCUUUAAAGGACAAGGCUAGGGCUUGGUUGCACUCAUUGCCCGCUAGGUCCAUCACCACUUAG